GUUGCCAGGCGGCCGUUGCUAGGCGCGCGCUGCGUGCCUUGCGUCCGGUGCGCAGCGGCUGAGGCGGGAAGUGCGAGCGGCAGUGCCAUGGCGCGAGUGUGGCAGCACCCAUUCCUCAAUGUCUUCAGACACUUCAAGGUGCACGAGUGGAAGCGGUCCACGAAGGAGGGGGACGUGGCCGCCGUGAUGGACAAGACCCUAAAGUGCACGGUGUAUCGUAUUCGGGGCUCUGUCUCAGCCAGCAAUUACAUCCAGCUCCCCAAAACCAGCACCCAGUCCCUGGGGCUGACAGGACGAUACCUGUACGUGCUCUUCCGACCCAUGUCCACCAAGCACUUUGUCAUCCACCUGGACGUGUCCACCGAGGACGGCCAGGUCAUACGCGUGUCCCUUUCCAACCUCUUCAAGGAGUUCAAGUCCACAGCCACAUGGCUUCAAUUCCCUUUCGUCUGUGAGGCUGGGACAUCCAGGAAAGACCUGGCAGGUGUGGCUCCCCCGGCUGCCCGCUGGACCUGCCUGCAGCUGGACCUGCACGACAUCGUCUUGGUCUACCUGAAUCGGCGCCACAGCCAUCUCAAGAGUGUUCGGCUGUGUGCCAACCUGUUGGUCCGGGGCCUCUACACCAGCGACCUGUGCUUUGACCCAGCUGUCACUGUCGCCGAGGCCCAGCGGGCAAAGCUGCCCGUCACCCCUAUGCCAAGAGAAAUGGCGUUCCCAGUGCCAAAGGGAGAGAGCUGGCAUGACCGCUACGUCCAUAUCCGGUUUCCAAGUGGCAGCUCAGCAGCCCUCUCUGAGCCAGUGCAGAGGAGCUGUUCCCCUUCGGAGGCAGUCUUCCCGAGGCACAUGCCACAGCUUCUUCCUCGCCCGGCGGCCUUCAGCAAGUGCAGACAGGACAGCGCGUCCCCCGUGGUCCAGAUGCUGGGCCCCACAGCAGUGAGUGCCUGUGCCCUCAGAGAUGGGACUCGGAGGGGUAGCCCCAUGGUCUCACGGACACUUCCCCCACAGACCUGCCGGGCCCCCUCGGCACCCGGACCCCUUCCAGAGAACGGCCUGUCCUGUGAGCGCACAGAGGUAUCCAGUGUGGUUGGUGCCAGUGGCCGCAGCCAAGAGCCAUCGGCCUGUGUGGAGGCCACUGACGGGCGUACUGCGGGCCGUGACCUUCAGGUGUCUGCCCAUAAGUUGGCUGCAGUGCCCACGGCCCCAGAGGAUGUGGCCAUCCGCGAGAGCUUCCUGCCGGAUCCCGUCCUGAGGCUCAAGGGGGUCAUUGGCCUUGGGGGCCACAGCACCAAAUGGGCCCUUUGGACCAAGGAUGGGACCGCCGUUGUGUACCCCUGCCACGCGGUCAUUGUGGUCCUGCGCACUGACACCCGGGAGCAGCGCUUCUUCCUCGGCCACACGGACAAGGUCUCCGCCCUGGCGCUGGACGGGAGCAGCUCCCUGCUAGCCUCAGCCCAGGCAGGGGCGCCCAGCAUGCUGCGCCUCUGGGAUUUCCAGACUGGGGGCUGCCUGUCCCUGUUCCGGAGCCCUGUCCACACAAUCAGCUCCCUCAGCUUCUCCGGCAGCGGGGCACUACUCUGCGGCGUUGGCAAGGACCUGCACGGGAGGACGAUGGUGGUGGCGUGGGGCACGGACCAGGUGGGACGCGGUGGACAGGCCGUCGUUCUCGCCAAAGCGCACACUGACGUUGACAUCCAGGCUUUCGAGGUUGCCUCUUUCGAUGAGACCAGGAUGGUGUCGUGUGGGCGGGGCAGUGUGCGGCUAUGGCGGCUGCGCAGUGGGGGACUCCGCUCCUGCCCUGUGGACCUGGGGGAGCACCAUGCCCUGGAGUUCACGGACCUGGCCUUUGGGCAGGCCCCGGACAGCCAUAUGCUCUACGUGUGCGGCCGCAGUGGCCACAUCCUGGAGAUUGACCAUCAGCACAUGGCCGUGCGGCACGCUCGCCGCCUCCUGCCCACGCAGACCCCAGGCAGCCCCGUCCCCCGGAAGCAGACCUUCAGCUCGGGCCCUGGCAUCGCCAUCAGCAGCCUGAGCGUCUCCCAGGCCACGUGUGCCAUGGGCUCCGAGGACGGCUACCUGCGCCUCUGGCCCCUGGACUUCUCCUCUGUGCUCCUGGAGGCAGAGCACGAGGGCCCCGUCAGCUCGGUCCGCCUCAGCCCUGACGGCCUGCGUGUGCUGUCCACUACCUCCUCUGGCCACUUGGGCUUCCUGGACAUACCGUCUCGGGAGUACAACGUGCUGACACGCUCCCACACGGCCCUGGUGCUGGCCCUUGCCACCGAGUACAGCCGGGGGCAGCUGGCCACCGUGUCCCGGGACCACACUGUCCGCAUCUGGGACCUGGUGACCCUGCAGCAGCUCUAUGACUUCACAUCGCCCAAGGAGGCCCCAUGUGCAGUUGCCUUCCACCCCACGCAGCCAGCCUUCUUCUGUGGCUUCAGCAGUGGCGCCGUCCGCUCCUUCAGCCUGGAGGCCGCCGAGGUCCUGGUGGACCACAGGUGUCACCGAGGAGCCAUCGCUGGCCUGGUUGCCAGCCCCGACGGCAGCUUCUUGUUCAGCACCUGCUCUCAGGGCACCCUGGCCCAAUACGACUGUACCACCACCCACUGCCGAGUACAGCACGUGGCAGCUAACGUGGUGUGCCAGGAUGCCCGCCCAGGUUCCAACGCCCUGGCGGUCAGUGGGGACAGCCGCCUGCUGGCCUUCGUGGGUCCUUCUAAGUACACAGUGACCAUCAUGGAUGCAGCCUCGCUGGAUGAUCUGUUGCGAGUUGACGUCAGCACCCUGGACCUGGCCGGCAGCCACCUGGACUCGGCUGUAGCCAUCUGCUUCGGCCCUGCACCCCCUAGCCACCUGCUGGUGUCCACGUCAUCCAGGGUGGUGGUGCUGGACUCCACAUCGGGCCGCAUGGUCCGGGAGCUGUCUGGUGCCCACCCUGUGGCCUGCCCCUCCCUGGCUCUCAGCGGGGAUGCCCGCUUUCUGCUGACAGCCGCCGACCGGGCUAUCAAGGUGUGGGACUACUCAACGCAGGCUGGCCCUAGCUGCCAGGUGUACAUAGGCCACUCAGAGCCCGUGCAGGCUGUGGCCUUCAUCCCCGGCCAGCAGCAGCUCCUCAGCGUGGGUGAUGCCAUCUUCCUCUGGGACAUCCUGACCCUCCCUGAGAAGUCGCCCCCAGGAAGUGUCCUAGACUCACCUGGAGCCCCCCAGACCUGUGAGGCUGGCCUGAAUACAAGACAGCUGGAGGACUCGGUGUUGGGGGCCAGUGGGCUCCCCCGCCGGCAGGUGCCCAUGCCUUCCCAGACACCGCCGCCCCAGCUGGGCAUGUGUGCUGGGCCCUGUGAGAGCGGUGAUGGAGCUUUCUCCGUGUCAGAUGAAGAAGGAUCCCCUGAGGAAAGCCACAGCGCCAAGGGGUUCCACCAGACCUCUGGCCCGCCCAUGCUGGUGCAGAAGGAGGCCUGUGGGGCAGGAGAUGGGGCCUGGGUGGCUUCAGGGCACCCUUGGGGCCUCGGCAUGCCGCCCUCCUCCUGUGACCAGCCCAGGAAGCAGGGGACCUGGAGCAUCCGGAGAGCUGGCGCACAGCCUGCUGCCCGCCCAGACUCCUACAAGCACUUCACGGCACGUUACAAGUCCUCCCUCACGGCCAAGAAUGUCUCCUCGCCCCCGGCCGGGGCUGAGCGGCUGCGCCUAAAGGCUGUCAUAGGCUACAACGGGAACGGGCGGGCCAACCUGACCUGGAGGCCGGACACAGGCUUCUUUGCCUACACGUGCGGCUGCCUGGUGGUGGUGGAGGACCUGCACUCCGGUGCCCAGCAGCACUGGCUCGGCCACCCUGAGGAGAUCUCCACACUCGCCCUCAGCCAUGAUGCCCAGGUCCUGGCCUCUGCCUCAGGCUGCGGUGGUGCCACCUCCUGCUGCCAGAUCCGCAUCUGGGCUGUGCCUGGCGGCUCCUGCCAGCAGCUCCUUUCUUACCACUGCACGGCUGUGCAAGCCCUGGCUUUCUCACUGGAUGACAGGCUUCUUGUCACACUGGGGGACUAUGGGGACCGCACCCUGGCCCUGUGGAGCACAGCGACCUACGAGCUCGUGUCCUCCAUCCCCCUCCCGGAGCCGGUGCACGGCGUGGCCUUCAGCCCGUGGGGUGCUGGUGAACUUGCCUGUGUGGGCCAGGGCACCCUCACCUUGUGGCUCAUGCAGCAGCGCGGGGCCGACGUCAGCCUCCAGGUGCACCACCGAGACCCCAUCCCCGAGGCAGUGGGGGCGGGCGAGCUGACCUCACUGUGCUACGGGGCCGAGCCCCUGCUGUACUGCGGCUCCAAUGCUGGCCAGGUCUGUGUCUGGGACACGCAUGCUGGCCGCUGCUUCCUGACCUGGGAGGCGGACGACGGUGAGAUCGGAGUGCUGCUGUGCGCCGGCUCGCGGCUGGUCAGUGGCAGUAACACCAGGCGGCUGCGCCUGUGGGCCGUGGGAGCCGUGCCAGAGCUGAGGCGCAAGGGCUCAGGUGCCAGGUCUAGCUCCGUGUUCAUGGAGCGAGAGCUGACCGUGGACGGGGCCGUCGUGAGCGCCGUCUUCCACAGCAGCAUGGACAUGGGCGUGGUGGGCACCACAGCGGGCACGCUCUGGUAUGUCAGCUGGGCCGAGGGCACCAGCACCCGCCUCAUCAGCGGCCACAGGAGCAAGGUGAACGAGGUGGCCUUCAGCCCCAGGGAGACCCACUGCGCCACGUGCGGAGAUGACGGGAGCGUGAGGGUGUGGUCUUUGGCCAGCAUGGAGCUGGUGAUCCAGUUCCAGGUGCUCAACCAGAGUUGCCUCUGCCUGGCUUGGAGCCCACCUUCUUGUGGACGCCCAGAGCAGCAGCGCGUGGCAGCAGGUUACAGUGAUGGCACGCUGCGUGUCUUCAGCAUCCCCCAAACUGCCAUGGAGCUCAAGAUGCACCCCCACCCAGCUGCACUGACGGCGAUCGUCUUCUCUGCCGACGGUCAGACCAUCCUCUCUGGAGACAAGGAUGGGCUUGUGGCUGUGAACCGCCCCCGCACUGGCAUGACCUUCCGAGUGCUGAGCGACCACCGGGGGGCCCCGAUUUCCACCAUCCAGAGCACGAGCAAGGAGUAUGGAGACUUCGGGGUGGACGGCACAGACUUGUGGUUGGCCGCCAGCGGGGACCAGCGGGUCAGCGUCUGGGCCUCUGACUGGUUGCGGGACCGCUGUGAGCUCGUGGACUGGCUGAGCUUCCCGGCGCCCACCCUCAUGGAGGCUCCAGGCUGCCCGCCGCCGUCCCUCGCUGCCUUCUGCCCCUGGGAUAAGGCGUUGCUGGUGUGUGCUGGCCUCGGCCCGCAUCUGGAGGUGGUCUUCUACAGCCUCCGCCAGAAACAGGUGGUGGACAAGAUCCCUCUGCCUUUCUGUGCCGUGUCCCUGAGCCUGUCGCCCGGGCCCCGCCUGCUGGCCAUUGGCUUCGCUGAGCGUGUGCUGCGGUUGGUGGACUGUGUGUCGGGGGCUGCACAGGACUUCAUUGGUCACGACGACUGGGUACAGCUCUGCAGGUUCUCCCCAUCUGCCAGCCUGCUCUUCACGGCGGCCCACAACGAGAUCUUGGUGUGGGAGGUCACGGGCUGUUGAGCCAAAGUGGUGACCUUGGGGUCAGGGGUGCCUUGCUGGUAUCGCUGGGUGCCUGGGCUGGGCGGAGGCUCUGCCAAGAAGCCAUGUUAGCAAACCUCAUGCUGGGCCAGGAUGGCUGGGCAAGCUCAGCUGCUGCACCCUGGACAGGCCCAGGACUGCGUGUGUAAAGCAUCAAGACCCUGAACAUGUGUCAAGUGCGUGUUCGUUUUGCAGUGCUUUUCUGUGUUUCUACCUGUACAGUUGAAAUAAACGUGUGUGUUGCA